AUGUUUCCUUGGAGAGUAGGUAUACCUCGCAACCGAACAAGCGGCCUCGAGAAGUGGGAAGCACCUGAUCCGGCUGAAUGGAUUCCUCGAGGCUAUGCGAUAGUCAAUAUCGAUGCGAGAGGCAGUUUCAAGUCAGGUGGCGACUUUCAUGUCUACGGCACUCAAGAAGGCCGCGACGGUUACGACAGCAUUGAGUGGAUCGCGCAGCAGACUUGGUGCAACACAAAAGUGGCCAUGGCUGGCAACUCAUGGCUCAGUACGACGCAAUGGUUCAUUGCUGCUGAGAAACCUCCACACCUUUGUUGUAUGGCUCCUUGGGAAGGCUUAGGAGACUAUUACAGAGAGUCUAUCUGCCGUGGUGGUAUUCCCGACCAUGCUUUCUGGGACGUCCUAAUGGCGUGGGCUUGCGGUCCAAAUGAGCGAGAAGACGUAGGCGCAAUGAUCGACAGAUAUGGACUCUGGAAUGAUUACUGGGAAGACAAGAAACCAAAGCUCUGGAACAUAUCAGUACCUAUGUAUGCCACAGCCAGCUAUUCUACGGGUCUACAUACAGAGGGAUCAGUUCGUGGGUUUCAGCUUUGUCGCUCGAAAGAGAAAUGGUUACGAUGGACAGCCACGCAGGAAUGGCAUGACAUCUAUCAGGAGGAAAAUAUCGAUGACCUACAAAGGUUCUUGGACAAAUAUAUGUAUGGACUCGAUAACGGGUGGGAGAAGACACCCAAAGUUCGCCAGUCGAUGCUCGGUUACAACCGUCCCUCCGUGAUCAAUCGUCCAGCAUCAGAGUACCCACCGGUGGACUUCCAUUAUCACACACUCUUUCUGGACGCAAAGACCAGGAUUCUGAGCAAGUCAAAACCGAACGACUCGAGCUCUGCUGAGUAUUAUGCGGAGUCUCAGACCGAUGAUGGUCUCUCCUUCAGUUACAAAUUCGAUCGGUAUACUGAACUCUGCGGCAUCUCCAAAGCUACUCUAUAUAUGUCUACAGAUGAUCAUAACGAUAUGGAUGUAUACAUCGUCAUACGCAAACUGGAUCAUGAUGGUCAAGCCCUUUGGCAUCAGAACAUUCCUAUGGAAGAUCUCCCCGAAGGAACUAAAGUGGAGCAGAUACCCCGAGAAAACAUCUGGCGCUAUAUCGGUCCCAAUGGCCGACUUCGUGCGUCGCAUCGAGAGGUGACUGAAGAAACUAUCGAGGGCAUCAGCCAAGACGAAUACCGAGAGCUCAUGGGUCCCGCCUAUGUAUAUCAUCCUCACACUUCAAAGCAGCCGUUGCUUCCUGGUGAGAUUGUAGAGCUCGAGAUCAGUCUUUGGCCUGGAGGCAUGGUGUUCGACGCUGGGGAGUCGAUGAGUCUAGAAAUCAAAGGCCAUCUUCCCAUCUUGCCUGAAUUUGAAGGCUUGGAAGAGAAGCUUGUCAACUUCAAUGUCGGGCGCCAUAAGUUGCACACAGGCCCCUACUAUGGAUCGCAAUUGUUCGUGAGUUUGCGGGAGGGUUGA